GACAGCCGCCUCCAAUCAGGACGCGCAGCGGCUCCGAUGACGUCUGUGAGUCACGGAGCGGCACUUCCCCGACCAACCAGGAGAAAGCUAAGCACCGUCCCUUCCGGUUCCGCCCCCUCGCUCGCGGAAGUGUGAUGUGGCUGGAAGCGGGGCGCUAUGCCCUGCCUUAUGGUUCAACAGAACUUGUAUCCUGCUUGGAAAAAGGGGGUGAAAGACCUAAAGAGGGUUUCCAGCCUGUGGAUCAUGACCCCAAAAAAGAGCCACUAGGAGUUGCUUGUUCUGCAAUCUUCAACUUUCAGAGCCUACUGACAGUAAUCUUGCUGCUCAUAUGUACCUGUGCUUAUAUCAGAUCCUUGGCUCCCAGCUUACUGGACAAAAAUAAAACUGGAUUAUUGGGAAUAUUCUGGAAGUGUGCCAGGAUUGGUGAACGGAAGAGUCCAUAUGUGGCUGUGUGCUGUAUAGUGAUGGCCUUCAGCAUUCUGUUCGCACAGUAGCAAUUGAAGAAUGUCAAGAAUAUCUUGCUAUCAAGUUAAUGGCUUAACGAACUUUGGGCAGCAAAAAAGAUGAAAAGCAUAUUCUAACCCCUCUGUCUCUCUGUUGCAUGUAUUGGAUGGGCCAUACUUUUGGCAAGCGUUUCCUUUUUUUUUGUCUGUUAGUGGACCAUGGUGUACAGUUUAACAACAUGUAAUUCUGGAAUUGAAGACCUAUAUUUUGAUUACGUAAUGUUAAGUUAGUUUUAUUGACACUGAUGUUAUAAAUUCUGCAAAGGUCAUUUACGUGCAUUGUAUAUUGGAUUUCAAAGUGGUUAUUUUUAAGCCAUGCAAUUGAAAACAAAGUUAAUAAAUAUACAUCAGUUUGA